AUGGGGCAGUUAGGCAAACUUGCACUGUUUGUUUUGGUUCUGAUGGCAGUGCUACACAAUUCAUCAGGAGGAAAGACAGGGGGUAAGAGCACCCCUUCCAAGAAGCCAUCCAAUAAGCCAUCACAGGGGACCAAGACUCAAUCUAACUAUCCCAGGCAACCCUCCAAUCCUGGUGCAGGAAGUAACCCAGGCUACCCCAACCAGCAGCAUCCUGGUAGAGACACUAGUGGCAGCUAUUCCUCAGCUGGUGGCAACACCAAUUGGUAUCCAGGAAGAGGGGGAUCCAGCCCAGGAGGAUAUCCUAAUCAAAAUCCUGGAGCAGGUAGCUAUCCCGCUGGUGGUAGCUAUCCUUUGGCUGGUGGAAACCCCAAUCCAGGAAGAGGCGGAGUUAACCCAGGAGGAUAUCCCAACCAGAAUCCUGCAGGAGGGGGUUACUCUAACCAAUAUCCAGGUAGAAGUGGGUACAGCCCUGGUGGGUAUCCAGCAGGUGGAUCUUACCCAGUAAGAACUGCAGGACAGCCGGGAGGAUACCCAGGAGGACACCCUUCCAUUGGAGGGGGAUAUCCCAACUGGAACCCCGAAAAUAAGAUCCUCAGUCCACGCUAUGGAGGCUCCUUUGGAGGUGGCAGGUUUGGAACGGGUGGCUCCCCUUUCUCCAAUACAGUGAAAAGUAUGGGCUAUGGUCCCUCUGCUAAAUCCAAAGGCUUCGCAAAAAAGGCAAUGCUAGCAGCAGGCAUUGGAGCAGUGGCAGGAAUGGCUGUAGGCUAUGGAAUCGGAAACUUUCCACGCCCCAACUUCCAAUUCAGGAGCCCUCAGGAGGAACGUCAAUACAACCACUAUAUGUAUGCACGUCAAGGCACUCAUUCUAAAGACAGAAAUAACAAAGGAAGACCCAACUACACAUCAAAGCAACCAUCCCAGGCUCAGUCAUAUGAGCAAUACAUGAGCACAUGCAUGAAGCGAAAAGAUCUUCUAAAAGAGCAGGACACGACAGAUUCUGCAGAUCGCAAGAACAUUCAAAGAGAUGAACCACUGACUGACAUUGCAGCUGUGAACGACACCACAUCCCCUAUAACUGUCAAUGAUUAUCCAAAGGCUGCUGCAAUUCGUGAGGAUGAUGAUGAUACAGUGAGUAUCAUGCAGAUUGGUUAUCCAGCUCUCAUUGAGCAGAUGAAAUCUCGGAAGUGUGUUGAGCUGUAUUUGGUUUACUCUGAGAGCUUCACGGAGAAGCAGAAAGAAGAUAACAAGGACAAAAAGGGAAGAAAAAAUUUCAGACCUUCCAAUAACCACAAUGGACACCGUGCCUCUGGAGUGCUUCUGUUGCUCACUACUUUCUUUAUGCUUCUUAGUGGCACUUAG